GCAUUGCUCUCGACAGCUGUCAGUGGUGUUUGUUUUGUUAUUGUCUGGGAAGGGGAUGAAGUAGUUUCAAAAUUUCUCUUUCGUAAAUUAAUAAUUUUAAACACACUAAAAUACGCAUGGAAUCCAAGCUAGAUAGCUACAGAAAGACAAAACGCCGUCAAGCUAUCCUGAACGACUUCAAGGAACGGAUUUACAACAUGGUAUCCUUCCACCAAGUGCAAACUGCAGAUAAAGCAUCCCACGUCAUUAUCGAAGCAGAUAACGAGACAACGCCGAUAGAAAGUUCUACUAAUCGAAAAAAAGACGAUGCUGAACAUCCCGGUAAAAUUAAUGUAAAAACGGUUCGUUUCUGUCCCAGUACUGAACCAACUCACCUAGAGACGGAUCUUUCGGAUAGUACGUUAUCGAAUGAAACAGAACAACCUGAAGCAAAACCGCGAUCCUGGUUGACGUACCUCACCUAUCUAGUAUACUUUCUGUUCUGGGCAACCCUUUAUGCCAUUGCAAUUGAACUACGAUUCGGGGUUGUAUUCCUGAUGCUUUCGGCAUUGUUUGGGAUAUACUUUAAUACACGUACCAAGAAAGCUCCCGGUGAGAUAAGCGCUUACAGUGUAUUUAAUGAAAACUGUGAAGCUAUCGACGGUACUCUAAAGGCUGAACAAUUUGAGCGGGAAAUAGGUAUAAGACACUGACUGCACUUAAACGGAGAUUGUUAUUCGAAGGAUUCGGUAUUUAUUAAAUAUUUUUGAUGGUUAUACAAUAGGCGUGAGAGUUGUUUAGAAAAUGGCCAGAAAUUGAGAACUGUUGUGAUUGAAUAAUAUAAUUGUAUGGUUUUAUAUUGGA